AUGACUUCUCCCUUUACAAAGCUUCCUUCCACUGCGUCCAUCACACCAUCCUCCUUCCGUGUUGCGGUUCCUGAUGAGCAACUCUCGGAAUUCAAGACUUUGGUCAGGCUCUCUAAGAUUGCUCCCCAGACUUACGAGAAUCUCCAAGAAGACCGUCAGUAUGGGGUCACUCAUGAAUGGAUGUCUACAAUGAAAGAAGAGUGGGUGAACCGCUUCGACUGGCGAGCCGUUGAAGAGCAAGUUAAUUGCUUCCCUCAGUACACGACUGAGAUCGAGGGCUUGACGAUUCAUUUUGCAGCUCUGUUCUCGGAGAAAACAGAUGCAAUUCCUAUUGUGUUACUUCAUGGUUGGCCUGGGAGCUAUUUCGAAUUCCUUCCGCUGCUUCAACUCUUCAAGGAUGAGUACUCUCCUAGCACUCUGCCAUAUCAUUUGAUUGUCCCGUCAUUGCCCGGUUACGCCUUUUCUUCCGGGCCGCCGCUCGACAAGAACUUUACCGUCGCGGACGCAACCCGCGUAGUUGAUCAACUGAUGCAGGGUCUCGGCUUUGCUAGUGGAUAUGUAGCGCAGGGAGGCGAUAUCGGAAGCGUAGUUGCAAGACUCCUAGCUGUACAGCACAGCAGCUGUAAAGCGACUCACCUGAACUUUUGCCCUCUGCUCAGCCGUCCAGAAGGUGUCUCGGAUGAAGGUCAGAGUGAGCUGGAGAAGCGUGGGCACGACCGUCACCAGUGGUUUCUCACCGAGGGCAGGGCAUACGCAGAAGAGCAUGGCACUAAGCCAGCUACAAUCGGAGAAAAAUGUCUCGACUGGCCAGAUAUUCCCUUGUCCAAGCACAAGAUCCUAGAAUUGGUUACUCUUUACUGGUUCACCGAGUCCUUCCCAAGGGCGAUCUAUCCUUACCGCCAGAGUAACCCAACCCGGCCCACUUCAAACCCUAUGUUGAACGAGCUCUACAUCCACAAACCACUUGGUUUUUCGUAUUACCCUAAGGAGCUGAUGCCUACUCCAAAGUCUUGGGUGGAAAAGACGGGUAAUCUGGUUUACUACAAGCAGCACUCUGAGGGAGGGCACUUCGCAGCAUUAGAACUGCCCGAGAAAUUUAAGGAGGACCUGAUGGAAUUUGUGGCGCAGGUUUGGCCUGGCACUUCGAAGUAG